ACAGUUUCACCUUAUCUUAUCCACAUCCUACCAGACAAAUUUCAUCAAUCUCCAAUCAUCAUCAUCUUCAAUAUGCCAUUGCUUUACAACAACUUCUAUUUCCCAUAGCUCUUAUCUCCAAUGGAAGACAUCGAAACGGUACUCAGAAGAGUCACCUCUGUAACCAACCACCUCCUUCCCACUCCAACACCACCACCACAACCUCAACUCAUUUCCUUGCACCACACUUCAAGCUCCACAAAAAAUGAUACCUACCAACGUGUUCACGGAAAUGUUCCCUCGAACGAAGUUGCUUGGAGGGUUGUUGCUUCUGAUGAUGAAGGAAGGGAUUUCACUGACAUUGUUUACGAGAAAUCCGUUGGUGAAGGAAUAGCAAAGAUAAGUAUUAAUAGGCCAGAGAGAAGAAAUGCCUUUCGACCUCACACAGUUAAGGAGCUUAUUCGUGCUUUCAAUGAUGCUAGAGAUGAUCCUUCUGUUGGCGUCAUCAUUCUCACUGGAAAGGGAACCGAUGCAUUUUGUAGUGGUGGUGACCAAGCCUUGAGGACUGAAGAUGGUUAUUCUGAUCAUGAAAAUUUUGGUCGCCUUAAUGUGUUAGACUUGCAGGUUCAGAUUCGCCGCCUUCCGAAACCAGUGAUUGCAAUGGUUGCAGGGUAUGCUGUUGGAGGAGGACAUGUAUUGCAUAUGGUUUGUGAUCUAACCAUCGCAGCAGAUAACGCUGUCUUCGGCCAAACGGGUCCUAAGGUUGGGAGUUUCGAUGCUGGUUACGGAAGUUCUAUCAUGUCGCGUUUGGUAGGUCCGAAAAAAGCGCGCGAAAUGUGGUUUCUUGCAAGGUUUUAUUCUGCUGUUGAAGCAGAGAAAAUGGGCCUUAUCAACACUGUUGUACCACUAGAGAAUUUAGAGAGAGAAACAAUCAAAUGGUGUAGGGAGAUACUCAGAAACAGCCCGACUGCAGUUCGGGUUCUCAAGGCUGCUAUUAAUGCAGUCGAUGACGGGCACGCGGGACUUCAGGAAAUGGGUGGAAAUGCAACACUGAUAUUUUAUGGCACCGAGGAAGCAAAAGAAGGAAAAACUGCGUAUAUGGAGCGUAGACGCCCCGAUUUUUCUAAGUUUAAUCGAAGACCAUAAAUACAAAUGUAUUUAAAAAUUAUACAUGUCGAUUAUUGUUAUCAAUUUGAGGUAUGGUCUUCUAGUCUGGCCAAUGUUUUUUAGGAAAAAUAAACUGAAUUGAUUCCUGUUAGCUCUUAUAAUGUUAUGUCCUUAUUAAUUUUC